AUGACAGACAGCCAGACCUCAGGCACGACCCGCCCCUCAGAAGGUCCUGCAUCCUCCCACUCGGAACUAUUUGGGCUCCAAGGCCAGAAGAGAGCAUCGACCACCGCAGGCGCCGGAGCAGGAACAGGUAUCAUCGGGACCAGUGGGCACGUCGGGGCGGCAAAGAAGGGUGUCGAUCUAGACACGGGGAGUGAAAUUCAGAACGCGGGUGUGGCUGGCGUUGCCGAGGGAGGGAAGAGCAGCACCGUCACAGGAUCGGGCGGCGAGACGCUCACUCCGAGUCAAGGAAGUGGAGAUCACCAAUCAGUCACCUUGUCACCUCCGGCUUUUGAUCGAGGAGACUCGCCCACCACGGCGUUGUUGAGAUUCAACCACUCCUUCGACAACGACGACACCGACCAAGACCACGAGGACAAGAUAUACAUUGCUCCGCCACCUCAUUCUCCCAGGUCCGAAGCGUCAUCCUCGAGUCCUCCCUCCCCACGCCCACCUCCCUUCUCCUCCCUCUACUUCCCGACCGACGCCGAGCUCGACCGCAUCAGAGCCACUGUCACCGAGGCUCCCUGCGACUCGCUUCUAGCCUCUGCUCCGGCACCCUCCUUUGAGGAGGCUCUCGCCGAAGACGAACUCGAGUCCAAGGCUGAGCGCGAGACCAAAGCCGCCCUCCCACAAGACACCAAGGCUCAGUCUUCCUCGGGAAAAGCUGUUGACGACGGAGAGCCGCCACCACCAUACACCGAAGGUUCUAGUCCCCUAGAGUCGUUCACAUACCUCAUGGCGGCAGCAGGCGGUGCGGCCAGCAUCAUCACACAAGUUCAACAAACAGGCCCACCAAUCAACACUCUAGGAGCAGGCGAGGCGGCAGCUGAUGAACACAUCACGUUGGACUUGAGAGGCACGCACUUCACGUUGUCCCGUGAUGAAUUGUUGACUCUGCCCGAGUUUGUGUUGCUAUCUUUAUUCCCCAAUGGGCUCCUCCCUGACGGCCACAUGAACUCGUUUCAUGAAGGCGAUGUCUACCCCGUUGACGUACGUCCCGCUCAAACUCCCCAUCCCAUUGUCGUUCUGAGCAAUCCUUGUAUCUAUAUCGGAGAUGUAACAUAUUCUUCACAGUAUGACCCAGCCUCGCUCCAGUAUAUGUUAAACUUUUUUCGGGAUGUGGCUCAAUCAAUACCCUCCACAUCUCCCUCCCCAACCACGCCGCCAGACCAUGAUCCCAUAUCGAUCGAACCGUUGCAAGGUUCGACCAAAGAUAUGCUCCAAGACCGAGCCGGGAUCAUUGUCUUGAGGGAAGAUCUUGACUUCUACGUCAUACCUCCUCGUCCAGACAUCGAGCAGCCAGAGAUGACAGAGAUCAAACGCGCCGCUGGGAAAUCCUUACUCAAGCAAGACGGAAUCUUCUCUGGCCUUAAGCGGAGCGAGGAAGCAGGCACGACUGAGCAACAUCUGAUUGAAAUGCUGACCGCAGGUGGUUUUAAUCACGAUGAUGCCUGGGGCCAUCGAGCUGGAGAGCCAAACAAGGCCGUCAUUUGCAGUCUAGCUCUUGCGAGAUUGCGAACCGAUAUCAAGGGAGACCUGGCCGGUAGCAACGUGGUAGGCAUGGCUCAAAAGCUACUGCUCUUCUGGCGCAAACCUGCUCGCAGAUGCUGGUGGGAGGGCGUUGAGUUGACAGACGUCGAGGGAGUCGAGGGUAAACUCAAAGUGUGGAUUCGAAGAGUGUGGACCCUGGAGAUGAGCGUGAUCGGCCUCCGAUGA